GCGGGUGCAACAGCUGGACAUGACAGUUUGUUGCUUGAUAGCUGCUUGAAGUUGCAAAUUAUAUAUUUUAGAGAUCGUACUUAUUUUAUUAAUCAUGGAUUAUAAGGAUGAGCAACGCAAUGAGAUCGAAGCCUUGGAGUCAAUUUAUUGUGGGGAAUUGGAAAUUCUAGCGAUAGAACCGUUUUAUACGUUUGCUAUUCCGAUAAAAACGGAAGAAUACGAGACAGAAACUGAUAAUGGUCUCAGUUGUCGGUUAGAAUUUACAUAUACAUCAAAGUAUCCAGAUGAACCGCUGCUUAUAUCAAUUACGGAGCAGGAAAAUUUUGAGGAUGGUGAUGAGAAAUUAAAGGCACAUCUGGUGGAACAAAUGAAUGAAAAUCUUGGUAUGGUAAUGGUGUUUACAUUAGUUAGCGCAGCUCAAGAAUGGCUUAAUGUACAAUGGGACAAAAUAAAAGUGAGGAGAGAAGAGACUGCUGCACAAAAACAGAGAGAGGAAGAGGAAGCAGAAAGGAAACGAUUUGAGGGAACUCGUGUAACUGUGGAAUCUUUCCUAAGCUGGAAGGAAAAAUUUGAUGAGGAAAUGGGUUAUACAAAACGAAAAGAAUUAGCAGAUCGUGAAGGAAAAAAAUUAACAGGGAGAGAGUUGUUCAUGACUGAUAAAACAUUGGAUCAAUCAGAUCUUAAAUUCUUAGAUGACGGUGAUGCCGUAAAAGUAGAUGAGAGUUUGUUCCAAAAUCUAGAUGAUUUAGAUUUAGAAGAUGAUGAUGAAGAUGAUCCAGACUUUGAUCCAAAUAUCUCGGAUGAUAGUGCCUAAAUGAAUCUAAUUCGGUAGUCAUUAAUGCGAAUUGAUAUGUAGAACAAGUUAUGAAAAAAUUUACUAAAUUAUUAUAAAAAGAAAAAAAAUAAAAAUAUAUAUUUGAAAAUAUAUUUUAAGUACUUGGCUAGAAUUUCUAUUGUGAGAUAAAUAUUACAUCUAGUAAAAAAUAGCAGUGAUGAUGAAAAUCGUUGAGACAGAUAACAUUUCUUCAACUAAUAUUUCACUGAUAGAUAAAAUUCACAAAACUGAAAAUACUUAAAGAACGGAAUAAUUUUUAUACUUAUCUAUAUAUAUAUAUAUAUAUAUAUAUAUAUAUAUAUAUAUAUAUAUGAAUUGUUUAAAAACUUUGUUCAUUAAAGAAACGCGCAUAAUAUCUGUUUAUUUUAAUAUUCGCCCCUCUUCUCUUUCAUACACUUAUCGCAUAAUAAGAAUGCAUGAAUGCAAUAGAAUAAAUAUAUCAUUAAUAAAAUAACGACCAGAAUUUAACAUUUAUUCUCAUAAUCUUAUAACAUUAUAAUUUAGACUUAGUAGUAGUUCAUAAAUAUAUAUAUUUUUGCGAUUUGAUGAAAUCUAUUUCUCCUGUGAUAUUCAAGAUACUUAUUCAUGGCAGCAUAAUACAUUUUCCUAUGUAGAAAUUGCACAAUUUCAAAAACUUUAUUUUGUGGCAGUAAUCAAAGUCUAUGUAUAUACUGUCGAUAAAUACUUGCAUUCCACAGAACAUAUAAUUUUUUCGACGAAAAUUUCAUUUGUGAUAAAUUUGUAUAGCAUUCUUGUCUAUAAAAUAUAAGAAUGCAUGUCACUAUAGAAUACAAAAAAUAUGGAUAUUACAAUAUUUUUAUAUAUAAUAAUAUCAUAACAAUUUCUCUGAUAUUUCUGUGCAACUUAUUUGAUGUUAGUGAAAUAAGUAACUGUUCCAUAUGAUUUAUUCAUUUUACAUUAUAUGAAAAAAAAUGUAUAAAGAAGAGAGAGUAAUCUCAUGUACCAUCUCUGAUAUAUCGAAUAAUUCUCUAAUGAGGGGAGGACAACUAUUCAUUAACUAUAACUCCCAUACAAAAUAAGAGAGUGUAUGAUGUAUUUUAUGUCUGUAUUUCAUGUAUUUUAUAUAUGUAUAGUGGUACUACGUUAUUAGAGAUACUUUUCUAAUCAUUUUGAAAAUGAAGGUUUUAAAAAAAUAAAUAAUCUAUUUUGGAAUAUUUGACAAUCCAUGUCAAAGUUAGUGAAUAGUUGUUUGUAUACAUUAUAUACUCGAGCAUAUAUAUAUAAAAUUCUGCUGCGUUGUAUCCAGUAUCCAACAUCACUACAUCAUUAAAUAUUAUAUUAAAUAAAUAUAAAUACACUUGAGAUUAUUUAAACAUAAGAAUCACGUCAAACAUAAUACCAUCAAUAAUAAGUUGCAAUUUCUUAAUAUUAAAGAGUAUAUAUAAUAGUCAUGUAACCACUCGCAACGAUAUUGACGUUUAUUUUUUUUGUGACUAAAAAAAAUUAAAUUAAAAUAUAUGUCAAAGUAGUCACCUCGCGUUUAGAUUUGCCAACUUGUUAUAAUCUGUUAAGAAAGAAGUCACCGUUAGUCACCCAAAAUAAUGGAGAGUUUCAUAAGUUUAACCAAGCGCUAUGUGUAAAUAAAUAAUAUUCGUAUAAAUAAUUAUUUACGGAGAGAUAAAAAUGAUUUAAAAAACUGCAAAUAAAUAUAAUAAUAAUUUAUUUUUUCGAAAAGAGACGUAGUUUUAAUCGCUUGGAUAAACUUUAAUGAUAUUAGAAUGUGUGUACAAAUUUAAUAUUGUCUCCCAAAUAAUGAAGCAUGUUCUAUCGCGACCGUGAAAUAUUGCACCUAAGACAGCAAUUUCAAGCAGAAUAAUAAUGAUUAUGAAAUAUUUAGAGCAAAAUCUAUUAGCAAAAUUAAUCUAACAAAAAUAUUUUAUUAUGUUAUAAAAAUGCAAUAGAUUCUUUUUAAAGAAAAAAAAUCUUGUUAUGAAACUUAUAUUUUUGUUCUCAAAUCAACACACAAGAGAAUGUCCAGAGAUAAACAUUUCGAACGAACAUCAUCAUUUAAUAUUUUAACUUACACCCAUUUAAUUUAUUAUUAUUUUAUACCCGCAUAUUGCAUAUGAUUUUCAUAAAGUAUUCAAAAAUACAUUAUUCAAAACGGAUCAAAAGCUGUAGUCAUCAUUUUUAAUCUCAUCUAUGCAACAUCUUAUUCUAUUUCUAAGUUUUAAAAAUUACACUCAUACAAAUAUUAGAAUGCUUUAUCUAAAUAAAUGUUUACACAAUCAAAUCUAUCAUUAAUAUCAAAGAAAUUCCGACUUUUGACAAAUUUUAUUUUUGAUUUGUAUAGAUAUAGAUGCACACAUAUUUAUUUAAAACUUCAAAAAAAAAUAUUAAUAUUUUAUCUAUAAGAUAUAUCGCAAAGUAAAAAUCUUUGACCCAAAAGAUAAAUGUCACGAUCUUUAUUGGGAUUUGGAAAAUCUAUUUUCAGAUAGAUUAUUUUUCGAUGAGAACAAUUGGUCACAAUUCUUUGGAGAAAGAAAUAGAAGAUAAGAAUUGAGAAUAUUCUCAUAUCUCUUCUAGAUAAUGAUCGCCUUAAAUGAGAAAUCGGGAAACCUAAAUAUAUAUUAUAUAUUUUUAAUAUUCUAUGAUCGCGCGCGCGAUUAAAUUUUUAAUAGAGCUUGCGUGACACAAAAUUUCUAGAGUCUAAUUAUCAUUGGUUUUGAUAAGGGGAACCGUUAAUUAUAUAUCGUCUGACAUUUUUACAUACAUUUUUCCGACAUUGAAAAACACGUAAGACAAUACAAUGUUUUUUUUU